AUGGCGGAUGUUGAUCCACUUCUCGCUCACGCUGGGAGUGGUGAUUUCGAAGCUCUGAAGAUCCUUCUCGAGAACAGCGACAGUGUCGGUAAGCGCCUGAAACUCAGAGACGCUGACAGGAGGACUGCGUUGCACAGAGCAUGCGCUGGUGGCCACGAGCAAAUCACAGCAUAUUUGCUCAGCAAAUGUGCAAAUCCAAAUGUCGAGGAUGAGGAGGAUUGGACGCCUUUGCACUCAGCUGCCAGCCGUGGCUCGGCGCAGCUUUGCCACUUGCUUGUGGAAGCAAGGGCGGAUUGCGAUGCAGUGACGACUUCUGGUGCCACAGCUUUGCACUUCGCAGCUUCUAAAGGCCACAAUGAUGUCCUCCGCACGCUGAUUGAUGCAGGCGCCAAGGUGAACUGCAAGGACAGAAGUGGCGGAGUGCCGCUGUUAAGAGCAGCUGGUGCUGAUCAGGCUCAGGCCUUGAUCCUUCUACUGGAGGCCCAGGCAGACAUAAGAUGCAAAGACCGUGCGGGAGACAACGCCUUUCACAUAGCUAUCAACGGCCAUCAUACGGCAAUUUGCGAAGUACUAUUUGACAGGGAUGAAGCUGAGAAGCUCAUGAAGCAAGAAAAUGAAGAUGGCAACAGUCCGGCGGAGAUGCUCCUGAAUUUAGCACCAGUUGAAACUCGAGACAAAAUCAAGUCGAUAUGGAGAGAGAAGAAGGGAGGCUAG